AUGUUCGUAGCUGGUUCGAGCUUGGCGUUUUUGCUCGACUUUCGUUUUGUUCGCUUUUCGGCUUUUCGACCAACGUCAAGUGAAGAAGACGACGAAGAAGGACGUAACAAGAACCAAGCCAGCGUCUUCGCUUUGAUACCGGAGAUGAGAGCGUCCAAGAUCCUGCAGACGGCGUCGUCCGCCUCACACGUCGUCCCCGUCAACCAGAAAUACACUGUGCAAUCCUACGGCGUAUGGGAGAGAAUCCGACGAGCUCUCGCUGUCGACCCUACUCGUUCGUCCGGUAUCCCAUUGAACACCCAAUUCCGCAACCCAGCUCCAGGAGCCCUUGAGCCACAGACAUACGACGACCCCGUCACUAUCCCGGCCGCUGAUCUCGCUGACAACCCAUACUGGAAGCGAGAUGUGCGAAGAGCCUACCCACAAGUCAGCGUCGUGAAGCAGGCGGAUGUCGUCGGGCUCUUGACGUACGGCAGCAAGGCCGAGCCCAAGGACAGCCUUCUUGCCGGCGAAGCUGGCUCGCAGCAGCUGGUGCAGACCCAGCAGACAGCAGAGGAGCGUGGACUGGCUGCGCAUUUUGAGGAGAAGGCGAGCUCGGGAGCUGAUGUCCUUGGACCCAGUGGAAUGCCGCCUCUCCCUGCCAAUCUGAACGCUGGAAACAUAUACACUAUCCCUUCAGAGCAGGCCUAUCCUUCAAAAUACCCAUGCCGCACUUUUAUCUAG